AUGACCCGUGGCCGCCUUCUUGACACAGGCGAGCUGAGGUGCAGCUGUUCUCACACCAGCUGCCGCAGCAGCAAUGAAGACCAGGCUAACGGUGGUGGGAGCGACACGAGGCAAAUUUCUCAGUGGGCUCGUUUCCCGCGCAGCCACCAGAUCGGCGCCGGCAGCUUCGGCACUGUGUUUCUCUGCCGCGAUAUGCUGCCGGCGAGUGCGUGGCAUCACCAGUGGGUCGCAGUGAAGGCUGUGCCGCUGCACGCCCUCUCCGACAAUGAUGUGGCGCUUGCGAUGAAUGAGGUGGCUAUUCUGCGCCACCUGCAGCACCCGAACAUUCUGCGCUACGUUGACAGCUUCAUCGAUGACGAGGAGCAGAUGUGCCUUGUUGCUGAGUACGCGGAUGACGGGGACCUUGCCGUCCUGCUGCGGAACUGUGCCGAGGGCAGUGGCACAUGUAAGUCCGCCGCUGAUGCAGGCACCAUGGUGCGCCGCGUCGACGACACGCAAGCUGCGGCAGGGCCCACGUGGGGUGCGGCGCAGCAGGACCACGCGCUAGCGCCUGUGUGGAUCGAGUCGUACCGCAUCAGCGAUAUCGUGCGGCAGUGCCUCGAAGCACUGUCGUAUCUGCACAGCAACUACAUCAUUCACCGUGACGUCAAACCUGCCAACGUGUACUUGACGAAGAACGGCAUGGUGAAACUUGGCGACUUCGGUGUGAGCAAGUUGCUGAACCUGUCAGAUCCCAUGACCGCAACGUUCAUUGGCACGCCCUUCUACCUCUCACCGGAGCUUUGCCUCGGUGAGCCGUAUUCCUUCGGCACCGACGUGUGGGCACUGGGCGUCCUCGCCUACGAGAUGUACUGCCUGAAGCUGCCUUUCUCUGCGGACAAUGUGCUGGCGCAGAUUUACGUCGUAACGGAGGGAGAGUACGAUAAGGAGGCACUCUGCCGCCCACACGACUUCAGCCUUUCCCAGCAGCGAGAGCUGGAGGCCAUGUACGGCGAUUCGUUUUCACAGCAGGAGGAAACACUGCACCGCCUCGUCGUGGCGCUGGUAGAGCGGAUGCUCGUAGUGAAUCCGCUGCAGCGCCCCACCGCAGCGCAGCUGCUACGGGAAUUCUUUGUAGUCGACCCCUCACGCGCCCCAUCACCCGCGUUGUGCCAGUCAACGUCAUCCUCUGUGGUGUCUGCUGCUGCUGCUGCUGCCGCCGCCGCCACAGCAGCAGCAGCAGCGUACAGCGAUGGUGCAGGGGUGUCGGUUGUGGCGUCGCUGCGCCUGACAGACUGUUGCCGCAUCUCCGCCUCAACUGUGUCAACUUGUGCCGAUGCUGCGGCGCUGCUUGCGAGCCGUGUUAGUAUGACGUACGAAGGGUUGGUGGAUCUACUGCCGACAGAGAGGCGAAGCGAGGUGCUGCAGUCCCCGUCGCGACCAACAUCGCAGGCGGGAUUGUGCCAGCCAGUUUCAUCAUUGCUCCAGAGCAGUGACGGUAGGGACGUGGACCUCGAUGUUGCCAUUCGCUCCGCCACGCGACACAUGAUAUCGGGGACGAUUGAGAAAAUACCGUGGCUGCGGCACGCGGAGGCGUUUUCGUCGUUGAGUCUGCACGAAGGCUACGACAACGACGUAGUCCGCGUGGAUUGGAUGGACGAGGACCACUUUUCACUUGUCUCGCCCCAAAAGAGACGCUCCUUGACGGUGUCGCAGAGACCGUACGAUGCUGCCAUGGCAUCGCUGGAGCAGCAGGUGGUGCCACCAGCAGUGGACCACGGAGCGGUGGGAAGGGAGGAUACCAAAGAGAUGGGGACAGGAACAUUAACAAAAACAAUGACGUCAACAACAAAAGCAGCAGCAGCAGCAGCAGCAGCAGCGGCAUCGACGGCGGCGAUGGCGGUGCUGAAGACCCCGAUGUCAUCUGUGGAAGGGGUGCCGCCGCCACAUGAUAUUUCAUUGGGGUUGGCCGCCGGCAUAGAGGGUGAUAAGGAGGCGGGGGCACAGCAACAACAACAACAACAACGGAAGCAGGAGCAAUGCCCCGUGGUCGGACGCUGCCAAGGACUCUCCACUGAAACGCUGGAGGCUAUUUUACGCAAAAAGAUUAUGGCGAGCUAUUUGCGUCGGCAGCGGGAGCUAAAGGCUUUGCGAGAAGCGUCUGCCAGUCGUGAGGAGGAGGGCUCACGUCAGCGUGCAGAGCUUAACGAGCUGUAUGCUAGAUCCUUUUCGGAGAGGCGGAAUCAAAUGUCGGCGCGGCGAGAUGGGGCAGGGACGAGUGGCACCGUCGACCCACCGUCGGCGCUAGCAACAACGCAACGUCCAAACCUGUACCCAUCGGUGGUACCAGAAGUGGGGACAGCGACACUGGCCACGGCAUCUUCAGCAGGCGCGGGUGACCCCACGAAGCUAAACGCGCUUGAGCGCAAACUCAAAAGCCUGAUGGCCCCAACUUACACACCGGAUGACACGCGCCGCAGGAUGGACUUGACAUUCCUCACGACGGAGGUGAUGCGGCUUGCAAAGGACGACGCCGCAGUGGCGGAACGCUGCGCCACGUGGGCGGCGCAUCCGCCGAAGCGUGUAGACUUCACCAACACACACGAGGAGGAUGUGGAGCGCCGCAGCACCUCGUCGGCGGGCGAUCCGCAGCGUGGGACGGAUGCGACGGUGUACGAGACACCUGUGACGCUCACUAUUGUCAGCAGUGAGGCGCACGUCACUCAACGGAGCACGCCACCCGCCGCGAACGCACCGACGGGGGUGCUCAUAUUCCCCAUCUGCAUUGGCCUGAAGCCGCUGCGCCGGCGAACGCGGNCCCGCCGCGAACGCACCGACGGGGGUGCUCAUAUUCCCCAUCUGCAUUGGCCUGAAGCCGCUGCGCCGGCGAACGCGGCUGGACGGUGUCGUGUGGCGUGUAAAGGAGGCGCUGAAGGCAUACGGCCUCGACUACGCUCUACUGUUCCCGCUUGA